AUGGCGGCCAAGAAAGUGGAUUUUCGUCGUCUAAAAGAAGAACGAGAAAACUUAAAAAAGAAGGCGAAGAUAGACUCUCCAUUGGCUAAAUAUAACAGUUUAGGCCAGCUAUUUUGUGUUUUGUGCAAUGCCACUGUCAAAAAUGAAUUGUUAUGGAAUGCUCAUGUCCAAGGAAAGAAACACAAAGAGAGUUUAUUAAACUUAAAGAACAAAAAGAAUGGAACUCCAUCUUCAAACUCCAAAACUGAGAAUUCACAGAAAAGUUGUACUUUUGCAAAACCUGCAGAAGUCAAAAUGGACAUCAAGCGAAAAAAUGAAGAGGAUGUCAGAAUCAGUGAAAGUCCACACAAAAAGCACAAAGUUUCAGUUUCUACAAACAAGCAGUCUUCAAGCAUACCAUCAGAUUUCUUUGAUAAACCUUCAAGUCAACGUACUACCUCAUUAGUAGAUCAAACAUCAGAUGAUGAUGAUGAUGAUAGUGAUGAUGAUGAUCAACAACAAUCUACAGCAUCAUCUGUUAUACAAAAUAAAACGUCAACUUCUGGGUUACCUUCGGAUUUCUUUGAUAAUAAAGAGAAGAACACCACAAAUAAAGCAAGGAAACCAUCAGAGGAAYUGCCAGAGGGUUUUUUUGAUGAUCCUAAAUUGGACGCAAAGGCGAGACAUAUAGAAUAUAAAGAUCCUGUCGAGCUAGAGUGGGAAAAAUUUCAGAAAGAAAUUCAAAUGGAAAAUCAAGUAUCUGAGGCUUUAGUGGAAGAAGACGAUGAAGUCGCACGGAUUGAUAGACAACUGCAUGAAUUAAAUGAACAAAGUCAAUAUUUUCUACGCGCACAUGAUUUACGAGACAAGCAAACUGUCAUCAAGGAAAAAGUCGAAGCGAAAGCCACAGAAGCUCGAAGGGAAGACAAUGGCGCAAGUAGCGACAGUGAUGACUUCGAGGACUUCUUUGACUGGAGGGCUAAGAAAGCAUUGUAGAUGCGUGUAAAAUAUUUUGUAAAUAGCAUAUAAUGUAUGAAUAAAAUGAAUCAAGCUUA